ACCCACCAUUACCCACUCUCGACUCUCCAUUUCACAGUCAAACACCAGAGAUUUGUUACAAUGGCUGCCACCGGAGAAGCUCAGCCUGCAAAACACCAAGAAGUUGGCCACAAGAGCCUCCUUCAAAGCGAUGCACUUUACCAAUACAUUCUCGAAACCAGUGUUUACCCCAGAGAGCCAGAAUCCAUGAAAGAGCUACGAGAGGUCACUGCUAGACACCCUUGGAAUCUUAUGACGACAUCUGCUGACGAAGGACAGUUUUUGAACUUACUUCUCAAGCUCAUAAAUGCUAAGAACACAAUGGAGAUCGGUGUUUACACCGGUUAUUCUCUUCUUUCUACUGCUCUUGCUCUUCCAGAAGAUGGAAAGAUAUUGGCUUUGGACAUAAACCGUGAAAAUUACGAAAUUGGCCUUCCAAUUAUCGAGAAAGCCGGUGUUGCUCACAAGAUUGACUUUAGAGAAGGCCCUGCCCUUCCUCUUCUUGACCAAAUGGUUGACGACGUAAAAUUCCAUGGAUCAUUUGAUUUUAUUUUUGUGGAUGCUGAUAAAGACAACUAUCUUAACUACCACAAAAGAUUAAUUGAUCUUGUGAAAAUUGGAGGAGUGAUUGGCUACGAUAACACCCUUUGGAAUGGGUCUUUGGUGGCACCUGCUGAUGCUCCACUGCGAAAGUAUGUUAGAUAUUAUAGAGACUUCGUAUUAGAGCUGAAUAAAGCGUUGGCUGUUGAUCCAAGAGUAGAGAUAUGUCAGCUUCCGGUGGGUGAUGGAAUCACUCUAUGUCGCCGUAUAAGCUAAACACAAAUCAUGGACAACCGAAAUAAACAAUUAAUAUUUAUCUUUCAUACCUUGAAAACUUGUAAAUGAAUCAUAUCUUUCAUUGAUUUCCAUUCUAUCAAUUUGCAUUGGUCAUGUUUUAAAUUAUGCUUCCAUAAUCAGGAUUUAAAGCACGAGUAUUGCGGCCAAACUUUAUUAAUUCUAUGUGCAAAAGGGUAUAUUUGACUGAAGAAACUAAUGCAAAACGUUAUUUUUCGACAACCGGGACCUUUUCCAUAAUUAUACUACUUAUUUCUAUAGUUUUAUUUUUAAAUAUAUAUAAGAUAUAAGAUAAGAUACAGGUAAUCUCUAUAAUAUUAAUAUUACACAUGCAUUAUUUCAGUAAAUUUUAAAUUUCCUCCUAUUACAUAUAGAGAAUUUCUAUAAUAAUCCUAUUACAUAAGCACAAUGACAAUUCUGCAAUUCAUCCAUAUUAUCGACACAUAGGCCAUUUAUGUAUUUUUUACUUUUACACAGUGAUCAUUUAUGUAAUUUUGUAUAAUUUUUAUUUCUUGGAAAUUUAGUAGUUGUAGAUAUAUUUUUGUACUUUCAUUAUUAUACAAGGACCAUCUUUUUAGUUCGCAAAA